UUUUUUUUUGCCUCUAGCUCUCUUUCUUUUUUUUUUGUGUUUACUUAUACCAUGAAUAUUGAUGACAUCUUCAAGAUCCCUGCGAUCCCUAGCGGUCGUAACAAGAGAAAAAUGCCAGCUACACCCGAUGUUGAUUUUUUGGACAAGUAUCAAUCUAAUCAAAUUCAAAACGACAAGUUUGAAGGAUACAGUGAUUCAAAGGGAAAAAGACGCGCGGUUGAUGUAGACGAUAGCAUUGAUGACAGUGAAUUCAAAGCAGAAGCCGAUGAUCAAUUUAUUUGGAAUGAUAAUGAUGAAGAAGGACGAUUUUUUGGUGGUGGUUUAACAGAUGAACAAAGCAAACUUUUGGAAUUAGUGGAUCAAUUCGAUGACGAUGAACAGGUACAACAUACAUCAUAAUUUGGAAAAAUUGACACUGAUUUUUUUUUUAAAGGACGAUGGAAUCAAUGUGACCUCUGUAAAACGGAUGAUUUUGAAGUUUGAAAAGGCCAUCAACAAGAAUCAAGAAUUACGAAUGAGAUAUAGCAAUGAACCAAAAAAGUUUAUGGAAUCCGAAGCUGAUCUCGAUGAAGAAAUCAAAAAUCUACUGGUCCUGACACAAGCUCCCCAUCUAUAUCCCGAAUUAGUCAAGUUAAAUAGUGUACCAUCCUUAAUGUCUCUCCUCAGUCAUGAAAACACUGAUAUUACUAUUGAUGCAAUUGAUUUGAUCAGUGAAUGGUUGGAUGAAGAUGUUGGCAUUGUUGCUGGAGGGAAUGAAGAUGCAGAUGAUGAACAGGAAGAACGAUCAGAAGCUGCUACUAAUGGUAUCAAGGUUUUGAUGGAUUCUUUGUUGGAAAAUGAAUUAUUGGAAUUACUAGUACAGAACUUGGAUCGAUUGGAUGAAAAUGAAGAAGGCGAUCGACAAGGCGUAUUCAAGAUACUGAGCAUUUUUGAAAAUCUACUUUCUUUGGAUCCUGAAUUGGCUAAACGCAUUACAUUACAGACUCAAUUGGUGCCAUGGUUAUUGAAGCGAAUACAAUCAAAGGAAUUUGAUUCCAACCGUGGAUAUGCAAGUGAACUCAUCUCUAUUCUACUCCAAAAAGAUCAUGAUGUACGAAUGAAAUUCUGUGAAUUGGAUGCUGUGGAUAUUUUAUUGCGUGUUUCUUCGGUAUACAAACGCAAGGAUCCCAAAGAAGAAGAUGAAACAGAAAUGUUGGAAAAUUUUUUCAAUGCAAUGAUUUCUCUUUUGAAUGAAGAAAAAGCCAAAACAUUAUUCCUAGAAGGGGAAGGAAUUGAAUUGAUGCUGAUCAUGUUGAAGGAAAAGACUUUGGCAAGGAUUCGAGCUGUCAAGGUCCUGAAUUAUGCUUUGUCUGGUAGUGAUGAUGCUGCACAUGCCAACUGUACCCGAUUUGUAGAUGCUAUGGGACUGAAAGCACUCUUCCCAUUGUUUAUGGGCAAGGGUAACAAAAAAUUGAAAAAGAUCCACAAAUCAUUUGUCGAAUCGGAGGAUGAGGAACAUAUUUUAUGUAUUAUAUUAUCCAUGCUGCGACAUUUAUCAUGUGACGAUAUACAACGAUUGCGAUUGCUAAACAAAUUCACAGAGGAUGAUUAUGAAAAGGUGGAUAGGUUAGUAGAGAUGAAACAAUAUUACGAAGAACGGGAUCAACAAGUACGCAAAGCAAUUCAACGUGAUAUUGAACAACUGGAACAAGAAGACGAACUGGAUGAAUUGAUGGAAGAAGAAUUCUAUUUACGACGACUGGAUGCUGGUCUCUUUGUCUUGCAACGAGUAUGCCUUGUUUUGGGAGCUUUAUAUGCGGAAAACAAAGGUGUGGGUGCCAAGGUAGAUCUUUUAUUGGGACGUCAAGGAUUAGACCGUUCAAGUAUCAUGGAUGUUAUUGAAGAAGAAACCGCUGUAUUGGCUGACUUUGUUCACCUGCGCAAGGUAGCGAUGGGGGCAACAACGAAUCCUUCACAACAACCACAACAACAACAACAACAAAAUGACAGCAAUCAUAUGGAUUAACAGUAAAACCUUGGCUUUGAAUAGGAUGAGCAAGAUUCAUUCAAGAAUGGAAUUAUGUACAUAGACUUUGGAUAUCUUUUACAAGUUGAUAUUAGUUUAGUAUUAUUAUUGAAUCUAGACAAUAAUUUACAAACAAUACAAUAAAGAACAUUUCUUUUAUAUAUAUAUUUUA